AUGGCUCCUGGCCUGUUGCAUUUUACUUCUACGUUUCCAUGGUUGGAGACUACAUCAGGAAGCAAGUUGCGAAUGAAAAUCAGUGAAAAGUCAAUCACUUGUUGCUGUUGCACAAAAAUGUCUCCGGCGAAAGUACAUCGUCAGUAGUACUGCAAGGUUUUUUGGUACGUAAACAAAGCAAGGAAGUGGUGUAAGGAUGCAGAUUAUUGAGAUUGAUAUGAUGAACAAGUAUUUCUACUAGUCGUGACCCGAGUUUCAGUGGCUAUGAGGAAGCUUUUCACAAAGUAGGAACAAGCACGUAGAAGAAGUAGGUCGAUUUCAUCUUGUUGCACAACCAGUAUAGAAGCAGAAACUAGAACUAGGUAGUGGAAACUAACAGUCACUUGCACAGUUAGUCAGGCAUAGUCUAUGCAGCCUCAACGUGAUUCCUAGAUGGCAUGCUUUCUGUCUUACAUAUCUUUUCGACUUUCUAGAUCUUUUGUUGAAUCAUCAUAUGAUUCUGCACCGCCUGAGGGUAAAUGAGAGCGUGGGAGCAGCGCCAUCACGAUCAUGAAAGUAUGCAGUCAUUUCCAUUUUCUUUCACGGUCACCCGCAAGCGGAAAGACGUAAAAACUUCUGUUCUGACUAGUACAGCUCUACCUUUUACGUUUUCUGAAAA